GCUGCGCCGCCUCGCGCCAGACCAGACCCCGCCGGCGACGCCACACGGACCUCCAGAGCUUCAGCCGCGAUCCAAGGCCGAGGGCAUUCCACCUCCAAAGUCACAGUGUGAUUAACCGUCCAGUUCACGGUGAAAUCCACAGCGAAGACAGAAUGCAUUGGGCCCCCAACAGCUUUAUCUCAAGGACCAUCAUUUGCCGGUGUUCGUUAAAUGCGAGUAAUUGCUGUGUUGGCGAGCAGGCGUGUCGCGAUUGGGCACGGGCGGCGCGGCGGCCGGCACAGCGCCGCAGCAUGUGUCGCGCGGCGGGAGUGCUGCUCGCGCUCGCCUCGUGCGCCGCGCUCGCCGUCGCUCUGCCCGACAACUGUGGCGUCGCUCAUUACGGUCACCCGACGGGCGCCGCGCAGCGCCUGGUGCAGACGCGGCUGGGCCCCGGCCUCGCCGACUGGACUGUCCGCGUGCCCGUCCCGCCGUCGUGCCGCGACGCGACUAUCACCGGCGUCGAGAUGGUGGUGUGUGACGCCGACGCGCCGCCCAACGUGUCCAUGAGCGACGCGCUGACGGCGCGCGUGCACCGCCCCGGCAACCUGUCCGACAGCGCCGCAGUCAACGUCACCGUGCACUGCGUGCCGCCCGAUGCGUCUGACACCGCCACGCUCGCGCCGCACCUCGCCACCACGUCGGUGCACCACGCCGACACCAGGUCCACGUACGGCUCCAAGGAACUAGGCUCCAAAGAUCAUGUUUCCACAGAAAUUGUCACGUCCGGCUCGGAGCCAAACGAUGUCAAGUGGAAUGAAUGGACAUCAACUGCAGCGACGACAACAUCCACCACCACCACGACCACGCCCCCGUUACCACCCACGCCAAGAGUGACCGCGCCUCCUACCGUGGCAUCUACCACAGAACAGGUGCUUCCAACACCCACAAAAUCAAAACACUCCAAGAAAAAAUCACCACACACACUUAAAGUUACCAUAAAAAUUACACCUGAGUCAGAAACAUCCAUAAACGACGAGCAACCGCAGACUUAUAACGUAGAGCUGCCGGCGGUGCAGUCCCGGCAGUCGCUGCCGGCGGCGGGCGCGGCGGGCGGCGCGGGGAGCAGACAGGACGCGCUGUACGGCGCGCUGCUGCAGCGGCAGCUGGCGCGCGCGCGGGCGCUGCCGCUGAGCUUGCUGGGCCCGCACACGCUGCUGCUGCCGCGCCGACACCCGCUACUGUAUUGGCCACACUUCUGACACUUGCUAAUACUUACAUAUUUCUACUGUGUAUGUUGCGAAUGAUAAAAUCUACUUUUCUUUUACAAUAAGUAAUUUCUUCAAUUUGACGAUCUUCUAGAAAUGGGGUCUCGUUUUUCCCUACGAUUAGUGGGCCAUGUUGUGUCAAUAGUUACUGGAUCUCGUGCAUUGUUUGAUGAAGUAACUAAUAUGAAGUACCUAAUCUAAGUUUUCAUAAGCACUUAUAAAUAAUAAUAUAUUCAGUUGUAAUGAACAAUAUGAAACAUUUAAAGUUAUUAGAGGGUGGUGCGCGGCGCGGGACGGCUGAUUGCGUCCGCCGCGUCACAAUGCGCUAUUGUUGGGAAACAGAAAUAAAUACAAACACAAAAGAAGACGCUUUCUUGCUAUAAUGAGGACGACGCGGAAGCAAAUAGUUUUAUGUCGCGCGCUGCAUUCUGUCGCCGGCGAGUUGCGCCGCGAGCGGUGCCUGCCAUACCUGUGCCACGGAUACAGCUCUUCUAAUGCAUUGUGUUUAUACGUCCUAUAAUUAUAAUAAAGAGGAAAUAGUUUUCUGAUUGUUUUCUUGUACCCUAAAGGCCCUGAAGCUGCUGAACAGAUUUAAAAAAUCUUUCACUGUUAGGAGGCUACACUAUCCUCGGGUGACAAAGGCUGUAUUUUAUCAGGUUCGAGAAGAUAUUUCCACGGACACAGGUGACACUGCAGGAAACAGCUAGGUAUUCAAUAAGUGUGUGUCAGACGGCAGGAGCAGUGUGACGUCACGGUCAUGCGCGCGCUGCGUGUGCGCUUUCGCGCCGCUGAUUUGGUGCAUAUAGACAAAUAACACAAUUACACGGCCCAUGUAACUCCGGUGUUGCGUGCACAUACUUACAAGUACCGCUAUUUAUUUAUGUGCAUGUAGAAUACCUAUUUAGCUAAGUGAAAACGUUUAUCGUAACUACAUACAGUCGCGUGUGUGGUCACGUGCACGCUGCACGCACGGCGCGGGCGACGCUGCCGGCUCGCGGGCGGGGAGGCGGGGAGGCGGGGGAGGUUCAAUGUUACUACUCCAUUGUUACAAUGACAAUUUAUUGUAACUUUGCACUUUUGCUUUUUGUUGAUUGUUGCGACCGGACGCUCAUAGGAUUCAGACUCUCAAUGGGGCUGUGGGUACUUCUAUCCAAUAUGGCCGAAAAUGUAACGCGGUGUCCUGCGUGAGCGACGAACGCGACGCGACGCGACGCAACACGACGCGACGUAAUGCGACGCGAUGCUAUACGCGACAAAUGUCCUACGUGAUUUUGGUCAUUACUUCUCAAAUCAUGGAUAAAUACAGUACCAUUUUACUUGAAAGUUCAUAUUUAAAGACGAGAUAAACGAUUUCUAUAAUGUUUAUGUUUUUUCUCCCACAACAAUCUUUAUUCACGCACUGCGGCGAUCAACGCUUCUGAAAAGUUCGUGGUGUCGCAUCUGGUCGCCUUCAAAACAAGUUCGCGUUACACACGGCACGGCACGGCGCGGCGCGGCACGGCACGGCGGCAGCGCGUUUAUCAGGUCGCCGCGGAUUGAUUUACAUGUUCCUCGCGCCACACACAUUACUCUUGAAAAUAUUUCAGUCCUCGUCAAAAAAUAAUGAACGUUUGAAAAUGAUGCUCAGAUUAACGGAGAAGAAUUAGACGGCCGGAACAAAUGACUAACAUGAAGUGGUGAGACGUGAGCGCGCGUCGCGACCACGCGCUGGCUGCAGCCAGCCACACCCUUGUAUCUGUUACUCACGCACAUUCCGCGUCCAGAUAUAAAUCAGUGCACUAAUAUACUUAAUAAAGAAGAAACAUUUCUUUGUCUGUUUAUAACGUAAAGGAUCCGAAACUAUUGAACCAAUUUGAAAAUAUAUUUUACUGUUGGAUAGCUUCAAUAUUUCCGAGUAACAAGGCUAAUAUUUUGUCCCUGUACGGGAAGAAGUUCCCACGAAACGCGGGUGAAACCGCGAGAAAACGGCUAGUAGCUAAUAUUUUAAUAUCAAUAUUAUAUUAGCAUAACGCGAAAGUGUAAUGUGCCGAAAUUUUGUGUUAGCAAUAACAAAACCUACUUAGGAAUAUGCAUUUUGACAGUAAAAUUGUAUUAAAGUAAAACUAUAUUGGCCUUACCACAAAAACUUUAACCCUUUAACCCCUGUUUUACACUUGUCUAAUAAAAUUUUGGCUGCAAAAUGAACCAUAUGUCAACGUCAUAAUUUGUCAUUUUUUUAGACAAGGCAUAAACCAUGCAUCAUUGACAUAUAUUCUAGCGAUAGACAAGAACAUCCAUACAAAUAAUUUACCCGCUUAUGUCGUCUGUUGACAUCUCGUUGACGUAUUAUGACAUGUCAUCAUCAUCAGCCUAUCGCAGUCCACUGCUGGACAUAGGCCUCUCCAAGUGCACGCCACUGAGAUCGAUUUUCGGCUACUCGCAUCCAGCUCCUGCCAGCCGUCUUGCGCAAGUCAUCACUCCAUCAUGUCAUCAAGACAUGUAGUCAUCCUCAUUGAUGUUAAUUGCUGAAGUGUCGCUCGUAUUUUGCCUACAUUUUUCAUUACUCAAAAAGUUUAUAUCUAAGUGAAUUCAAAAUCAUGUAAUAUAUCAAAAAGUUUAUUUAUAUCUAAUUGAAUGCAAAAUCAUGUAAUAUAUUAAAACCAGGAACUUA